AUGGUUCUUGUCCAGAUCCCCAUGUGUAAUGAAAAAGAGGUGUAUCAACAAUCAAUUGGAGCUGUUUGUAAUUUAAAUUGGCCAAAAUCCAAGAUCUUAAUUCAAGUUUUGGAUGAUUCGGAUGAUCCAACAGCCCAAUUGUUGAUCAAAGAUGAGGUUCAUAAAUGGAAAAGAGAUGGUGCAAAUAUUGUUUAUAGGCACAGAGUGAUUAGAGAUGGAUAUAAAGCCGGUAAUCUUAAAUCUGCUAUGAAUUGUAGUUAUGCUAAAGAUUAUGAAUUUGUUGCCAUCUUUGAUGCCGAUUUCCAACCCUCCCCUGAUUUUCUAACAAGAACCGUUUCUCAUUUUAAGGUAAUAGAUUAUGUUCAUGUGUUUUAAAGUAUUUGUAAUGGGUUAAAUGCAAGAAAUAGUAACAUACUUUCA